AUGCAGCUCUCUCUUACCUUUGUUACUGCUCUUCUCCUUGCCUCUGGCGCCGUCUUUGCUAGUCCUGUGGACACAAAGACCGGCACUACCCCUAUUGAGCUCCAGCGCCGCGCCCAGCUGGUGGCCAGUGAUGGUAAGCUGAACGUUUCCGCUCUGCACCACCACUUCCAGGGUGUAGAGAACAAGUACAAGACUGCCUUGAACAACUACAAGCGCAACACUGGCAAGAACCACCCCCUGGCUAAGCAGUCGAACACUAAGCGUGCCACGGGUGAUGUGAGCCUGGAAGACAUCGAACACGAGCAGCUGUGGGCCGGUGAUGUGACUUUCGGUGGCCAGACCUUUGCCAUUGAUUUCGAUACGGGUUCGGCUGACACCCUUGCGAACCCUGGUGCGUACAAUCCUUCGCGUUCGUCGAACUCGAAGAACACCCACCGGUCGUUCUAUACUUCGUACGGUGACGGUACCAAUGCGCAGGGUACCAUCUACACCGACUCGUUCUCCAUCGGUGGCCUCAACGCCAGGGACGUGGCCAUUGGACGCUCGUCGAACUCGUUCAUCGGUGGUGAGAACGACAACCAGGGAAUUAGUGGUCUCGCUUUCCCGUCGAUCCAGUCCUUCCCUAAGCAGUACCCCCCUUUCUUCGAGUCCCUUCGCCAGCAGCGCGCAGUGAGCCAAGGCGUGUUCCAGUUCACGCUGAAAGCUGGCGGCGGCUCGUCCUUGCACCUCGGUGGCAUUGAUUCAUCCAAGUACUCUGGCAGCAUUUCGUACGCCGACGUUGACUCGUCGCAGGGCUUCUGGAUCACCGAUGCGACCGUCAACGGCGAGAGGAUCACGGCGAUCGUCGACUCGGGCUCGACCAUCAUCAGCGGCCCCUCCGACCAGGUCCGCUCGGUGGUUAGCAACAUCAACGGCGUCCGUGAGGUAAACCAGGGCGGCCAGACCCUCUACGUCUACGACUGCAGCCAGACUCCUCAUGUUACGAUCAACAUUGCCGGCAAGAGCUUCACGCUGAGCAGGGACCAGACGCGUUACGGUACCUAUGAUGGCCAAUGUGUUCUCCCUAUUGCUCCUGUGGAUGGAAUGCCUUUGAACGGCUGGAUUCUGGGCGACACCCUCUUCCGUUCGGCCUCGGUGAUCUUCGAUGUUGACCGCAGCCGCAUCGGUUUCGCCAACCAGGCUUAA